UUUCUUCUCUCUCCCCACUCCCUCUCUCCUUUCAUAAACCUACAUCCAAAUCUCUCUCUCUCUCUCUGAUUUGAGAUUUUGGAUCCGCUGUUUGAAGGACCAACAAUGGCUGUUUCGGCGCGUGAGGAGUACGUCUACAUGGCCAAGCUCUCGGAGCAGGCCGAGAGGUACGAGGAGAUGGUGGAGUUCAUGGAGAAGGUAUCCGCAUCCGUCGAGAACGAGGAGCUCACCGUCGAGGAGAGGAAUCUACUCUCUGUUGCCUACAAGAACGUCAUUGGAGCCCGACGUGCCUCCUGGAGAAUCAUCUCCUCGAUCGAGCAGAAGGAGGAAAGCCGCGGCAACGACGACCACGUUACCGCGAUCCGCGAUUACAGGUCUAAGAUCGAGUCGGAGCUCUCCGGCAUCUGCGACGGAAUCCUCAAGCUGCUCGACUCCAGGAUCAUCCCUUCCGCUGCCUCUGGCGACUCCAAGGUGUUUUACCUCAAGAUGAAGGGUGAUUACCACAGGUACUUGGCCGAGUUCAAGACCGGUCAGGAGAGGAAGGACGCCGCUGAGCACACCCUCUCCGCCUACAAGUCCGCUCAGGAGAUUGCCAAUGCAGAGCUCGCUCCGACUCAUCCGAUCCGACUUGGUCUAGCAUUGAACUUCUCGGUGUUCUACUACGAGAUCCUCAGUUCCCCUGAUCGUGCCUGCAACCUCGCUAAACAGGCGUUUGAUGAGGCAAUCGCGGAGUUGGACACUCUGGGUGAGGAGUCAUACAAGGACAGCACCUUGAUCAUGCAGCUCCUACGUGACAACCUCACUCUCUGGACCUCCGACAUGCAGGAUGAUGCUGCGGAUGAGAUCAAGGAAGCAGCACCGAAGCCCGCAGAGGAAGAGCAGUAAAAUGGUUGCUUGAGCUGCUAGUUUAGGGUUUGCUUCCUCGUGUAUCUCUAGGCAUUUCGAUUUGUUGUCUUGAGAAUUGGUUCAACCCUCAUUUGGGUCCCUAUAUCUCUCUCUGUCUCCCUCGGUGUGUGAAAUGAAGAUCAUGAAGCUUUUUUGUCUAAUUAGAUUGAAUCUGUUUACAGCAUUUUGGUA